GCAAUUAUGAUCGAAAAAGUAUUGAAUCACUUUUGAACCACGCUCUACAGCACGCUGCGUUAGGUUCUCACUUGUAUUCUUCUCCAAGACAUUGACACUGUGUCACACUUCCAGACGAAAAUAAUGGCCGACUACGUUCGCGCUAAGUGUCCUCAGGAAGGAUGCCGUAAGCCCUGCGGCGUUGGGCUGAAUCGCUGCCCUGGCGCGCACAGGUUUGCGUUUUUUUGACUUUUAAGAUUUAUGCUGUUGGGUUGGUGCUACAAACUGAUCAUAGUGGUACUCAAAAGCCAAUGCAUGUCGUAGGCUUUUAGAGCUUCGCAAUGUUGUGGUCGAAAAACGCAUGGCAUAAGGGUAUCUUUGAUCAACUUUCUGUCUUUGUUAAUAAAUUCAAGCAUUCUAUUCCAGGUAUAAAUGCAAAGUCAUCGGAUGCAGCCGCGGCGGGAUCGCAUUAACCGAGGGACGACCGGUCGAGCGCUACAGUUAUGGCGUUGGUGUCGUUUAGUUUAUUCAUUUUUCUAGCUUUUCACUCAUCUCAUUCUUCUACGUCAUCGCAAAUUUAUAUGGGGGACUCACUGCGGAAAUAGAACUGCGAGAAAUGUUGACGAGUAAUUACCAACAUCAACUCAAUGCGGGGGGCGUUAAGUUUGCUAAUGGUCAAACGAAAAAUAGACUCGAUCAAUCAGUGAAUAACCCCAAAAAUGAACUUGAAACCCAGCAACGCCACAGCUGCUGGCUUAUGUCGUCACCACCUUCUACCUCUAACUUUCUAUGUACUGUGGCGAGCAUCGCGCCAAUCCUCCGAUGAAGCGAGCGAAGAAAGCUAAGGCUAUGAAGAAGGUGAAGAAACAAGGGAAGAAAACUAAAGGGAGCGCCUUUGUGGAUGUCGAGUUGAAGAGGCAGAAAGCGAGCAACAUCCUUGUCGCCCUGCCACCGGAAUCCUCGUCAGAGGAGAGCGAUGAGGACGAAGAAGAAGAUGAAGACUCCGCUGAAGAGACCGAAGAAGAUCAGCAGAUGGAGAGUGAUGCAGUGAGGCUGGAUUUGCCGGCGUGCGAAAAGUGUGGUAAUAUUUUUCCCUGACGCCUUUUUUGUGGGAAAGCGUCUUAUUUGGAUCGUUUUCGUGCUUUUAUUGUAAAAGUCAGCGCCACCAAGUGAAGUUGUUGAUGCUUCUGAGUAGACGCAUCUAUCAAAUAGCAAUAGCCACUGACUGGUCUCUGAAAAGUGAAUGACGCUUGUCUACUCCUCAUGAUUUCAACUAGCAUCGUUUUAUCGUACAACGAAGCUCUUUCACAAUUCCUUUGCGACCUUCGGUUUCUUUUCCAUUCAAAUUUCGACGUUUCUGAUGAAUGCUUUACUUUUGCUAUCAUUCAUAAUUGCCAGGUCUGAACAUGGUGGUAGACGUUGGUGAAAAAUACUGCGCCGGCUGUGAUAUCUUAAUGGAAGACUUGAACAGGGGAAAGAUGAGCAUCGAGCUACCUCCUCAGUCCAGCAGCGGCCACGAGAUGGCAACCAGUAGAACAGACAAGAGCGCGUCGAGCUCUAGCGGAAUCAAUGAAGAUACACCGGGGGCGUGCUCGUCUCGAGUACUUCACUAAUCUACUUAGUUGUUGUCGCUGGACCUCCAUAAGCAUGAGAAUUUAUUUUGCAGCUCUUCUUUGCAGAUCUUAGUUAUCGCGCAGUGCAUUUUCGUAUUGGUGCACUAUGGUUGAGGUUGUAUCUGCUUCCUCUAUUUUUUUGCAUUAGUCGUAACCCACUGUAUCUCUCUAAUCAAGUUCCCCUUUCUCAUGCUAAGUGAGUAUGACUUCUCGAUGGAAUUAAUGGCUCAUCUGCAGAAAUUCGCUCGGUGAGUCUAACCUAUUUUCGAUGUAGUUUUCAUUCCUUUUCUAUCUUUCAAGAUGAUCACCAUUCACCAAUCUGAUUCAAAGCAUCUCCAUCACUCAGGCGUCGCCACUUGCUAACUCGCUGGAGGAAAAGGCACCGGAGUCCAACAGCAACGUCGUCGAGCUUGCCAAUCAGCACGCCACGGCAUACGUGGAGCAGGUAGAGAGGGCCGCAAACGUGGCCGAGGAGGUAGAGGCGAUCGACGCAAAUCCGGAGUCAGAAGCGGCCUCCCUUGACUGCCUCACCAUUUUGAGGGAGGUAGUGGGACACGUACGCAACAGCGACGAACAGCUUCGGGAGGCACAGCAGAAGCUUAGCGUAGUCGUCGGAGAAUUGUCGAAGAAUGCAGUCACCGGGGCAGCAAGACCCACACCGAAGGCCUAGGAGAUAGAAAGGCGACGCGGGGUUGAUAUCGUCAGUCUUGAACUAGACCUACCUUCCUUGCAGUUCAUUGCUAUCGUUCGUAGACUUGUCGUGAUUCAUUUAGAUUCUAGGCCACCUCCACACAGUGCCACCUUUAUUAAUUUAGAAUGCUUUUAGCUGAGCAGUCGCUCAUAAGUACUGACUGACUCACAUGAAUGACGUAUCGCAUCCGUCAAGAGUUUGAAUAUCGGCAUCGAUGUGCUUUCUGCUAUUUCUUAACAUCCAAACAAUUUUGUGCAUGAGACGACUUUUCGUGAAUCAGGAAAAAGAUACGCUUAUAACGUAGUGAAACUGAAAUAUCUAUCCUAUGAAGCGCGCGAUGUGCUUAUCGAAGAACGGACUAUGUUUGUUUUUCAUUCAAGAUUCUCCGCGGAUUCCCAAUUGUUACGCAUGGAAUUUGAUCUAUAAAAUGAUGAAUGGCAGCGCAUGCGUAUAAUGCUCCUGGAUCCUUGCAGCAGCUUGCGAGACUCUGACGCAUGAACAACAUACAGAACGCGCCGACCCUUAUCGGUGCCUAUCAUUGCGACACUCUUACUAUGACGAGAAACCUGGCCGAUACGCAUCGCCAACAGCAUGCGCCACGGAGACGGCCAGAAUGGCUCCUCUCUUCCUCUUUCUCUGUCCAGGAUGGGCGUGCCGACCUGGAGGAGUAGACGAGAGACCGAGGAGAAAAGUAUGACGCUAGGGCUCACAUCACCAGCGUUGGCGCCGUGCUGUGCUUCAGGCUUUAAGCCAGUAGUUGUCUAUCUUGUUGCUUCCCCCUUGUCAGUUGCUUGCGCAUUAGUCAAGAGUAAGCAGGGUUGGCGGCCUUGCCCUCGUGCCUUGUAGGCAGGCGCAUAAGAGUGGGCCGGUUGGCGGCCGGUGGAGGUUUAUAUAUGACCCAGGGCUCAGGGCUACGGUGCCCCCCCUCCUACCGCAGGGGGGGCGCCGGUAGUCCCGGACCCCAGAGACCAGCAGAUGCCAGGAGGUCCCCCACGAACAUUCAGAGAGGCGGAAGGGGACGCCCGCGCCCAGUUUUGAUGCCUUCCACCACUAGAAUCCCCGAAAAUCAGCGCGGAAAAGAGCGCGCGAGCGCCAUCACAGACCACACCACGGUGGGGGGCGCCGUGCAGCCCUAAAACAUAAGUCAGAACUAACCCCCUCCUUUGGGCCUAGGUUUGAUCCGAUUAAAGUCGGCGGGUUCGUAGGCAAUUAGUGCACCGUAGUAGAAGGAGGCUAAUGGACUCCACCCGUCGCCGGCAGGCAGAUUGGACAUCACUGGGGUCACCCUUCCGGCGAUCUUCGCCUACAAAAAAAAGCAUGGCGCGGCGGGGGACCCUGAGUCACGAAUGAUGGAGUCACAACACCGCAGGCGAAGCCGCACUCAGAGCAGGGACACAACAGUCGUCGUAUACUGGUGCCACAACUUUUCUCCUUCUUCGAUUCGGUUCUUUGUCGUUCCUGAUAAUAAUCAACAAGUAGAGAAAUGAGAACCCCAUGAAGUUGUAUGUGGCCAUUUUUCGACUCCUGAAAUACAAUACUGUCGGACCUCGUCACUUUGCUGGUCAAAAAUCGCUUCAAUGUUCCGACAGUAGCAUCGGGAGGAACCUGAAAAGUGGGGCCCCAUUUUUUGCGGGGUCUACUCGUGUUGCGGUGCUUCCAAUUUUUUGCUUUUGUCGGCUCAGGUCUUUUCUGAUGCUGAGCAUGGAAAAGCCUAGAUGCUCGGGGCGUAAUAUUUGUUACACCCCGCUGGUCUGUGGUUUUUUACUGCAGCAAAUUUGCCGGCGUGUAAUAAUUAUUAUACGCCCUGAAGUUAUAGGAAUUUUGGCAACGAUUCCGACAGUAGCAAAUCGACAGAGUCGAAAAGUGGCCACGUACAGAAGUAUAACAAGAACAAUGUAGUUCCAACUGGUGGAAAAGUUACAUCUUCCUCAGAACUCAUUUCAACACCGAUUCGCUUUUGCUUCUCAUCCAUAUGUCCAUAAAAACGCUUUCCACAGUUUUCCUUUACUGAGUAAUGAACUCUCAUCCAGCAUAAUCAUCUUACGAAGCCAGGAUCUGUUUUGCAAACUAUACAACAUCAAACAAUUAUUUUCAGCAAAAGGUGAUUGGAUAGCCAACGUUUGAAAGUCACACAUUGAGUAUCAUGUUCAGCAUCAUACUGAGUAUGCCUCCCUAUUCUCCUCCAGAUACGAUGGUCGCAUUGUUCACCGUCCUCUUGAGAAAUCUCAUACCCCUUCCUCUUCCAAUCCACUAAUUUGUGUCCCUUCCUUUUUUACCCUAAGAGAUCAGAAAAAUCCUCCCUUUCAGUCGUCUUCUGGAAAAAAACUUCGGAAAUGCUUUUGUAGCUUCCAAUCUCGAAUCAUGGCAGCGGCAGAUGAAUAUUGCUGCUGCGUAUUCUGUAGUGGCUCGCAGCUGAUACUGGUGAGAGGGCAUGAGCUGAUUUGAGGGAUGCAGAGUAGAGG